GUCACGUGCUGCGACCAAAACAAACAUGGCGGCCACAGUAACGACGGUAAACACGUCGACGCUUUUUGUGUGUUUUCUCAGUCUCUCUUGAUUUUGCCGGUCAAAUGUACACAUGACACAUGCUCUGCACCGGCCAUGUGAACUGGUGACAUGUUUUUGGACCGUGUUUUAAACGGAGAGACGAAACGAAACCCGGAAAACAAACGGAAGUGUCUGCCUCUCGUUUGAAACUAAACAUCCGCCUCCUAAACACGCUUGUGUUUACCGUGUUCAGCCGGACGAAUACGAGGAGAAUAUGAGAAGUUACUGUGUAAUCCAUUCAAAUGAACGAGUCGUCGUGUGCUGUCCCGCCUGACACGAAGGACAACAUGAUGUAACGUCAGCCAACAGGUGAGUAAAUAAACAAGACAUGGACUUUGCCGUGGAGCCAACCUUGGAGCACUGAGAGGGAGACACCGAGUUAAAGACACACUACCAUGGGUUUGGUGAACUUUGUAAUCGCCACCGUAGGAAAAUGCCUGGACGCCGUCUGCUUACUAUUGGAACUGAAUUUCGUCAUCGUGCACAGCGUGGUGCGGACAAUCCUCGCGGUCAUCACCUUCAUCACCAACCUGCCCGACCUUCUCCUCAACUCAGUGCUGGAGCUGGGCAACUUGGCCGUGAUUUGCUUGAUGUCCACGGCAGAGGCAGCGUCCAACGUAGCCCAUAGCACCGUCACCAUGCUGGGGAGCUUGGUGCUGGCCCUGGAGGGGCUGCUGGAGAGCCUGAAGAUGGUGGGUUACCUGUCCAUGCACGUCCUGCUUCGCGGGAAGGAGCACCUGUGUCGAGGUCUGCUGUCCGUGCUGGAGGGCUGCGGCAUCGCUGUCAGCCUGGUGGUCUACUUCACCAACACCGUGGUCAACUUUGCACUCAUCGCCACCCAGAACGUUUACUCGGUGGUGGUCAGUGUGUGGCAGACGGUGUCCAGCCCGCUGCAGACCGUGCUGGAGCUCACGCUGACCUCCUUCACCUUUCUGUACAGCAGCCUGGUCGGCACCUCGGCUUUCCUGUGGUCGCCUUGUAAACUGAUGUUGGACUUUUUGGUCUCGCUGGUUCAUAUGUUUGUCAGCAUCUUCAUAUUGAAUAUCUAUGGCCUCCUGCUCACUGUUACUAUUGCUCUAACUACAACCGCCUACCUGAAUCCAGAGCUGACCCGACAGGCCGCUGUGCGAAUUGGAGAUUACAUAAACUUUUUUCCUGCCUUGCCCAGACUUAGUCUGGUUUACCAUCGCCUCACCGCAGCUUUGCAGAGCGCCCCGCAUUUUUUAGGUGGUGCCGUGCAGCGCCUGCACAGGAUAUUCCUUCACCUCUGCCUGCUGGAGAGAAGACUUUGGCAGAAGCUGUCUCAACUCAGCAGCCAGCUAGGUUCAGCUCUGAGGACACAUCUGAGCAGGGACAACAGCAGAGUACGCGGCGAUGGCGACCCCAGAGAGGAGAGGCGGGACCCACCAGAUGGAAGAGCAGGAGAUGGAGCACACCAGGAGCUGCUGGACUUAGUUUUCCCAUCAUCAAGCAUAGACAGACCACUAAAGAAGCAGUCGUCUUCAGGCAAAGACAGUAAAACUCUACCUGCUGAGAAUCUGCUGACUCUGCUGAAGGAGCAGGAGGAAAGGAAGAAGUGUGUGAUCUGUCAGGACUGCACCAAGACGGUGGUGCUGCUGCCAUGCAGGCACCUCUGCUUGUGUAGAGACUGUACGAACAUCCUGUUGAGGCAGCCCAUAUACCAACAGAACUGCCCGCUCUGUCGACACAUGAUCCUCAACACUAUGGACGUGUAUUUAUGAGGGACCAACAGAAGUGGAUCUGUCGGCGGCUGACCCCAUGUUACAGCCUAUCAGUAUCUUUACCACCACUGACACUACGGUGUAUGACCUGUGAUUUUACUUGGUUGUGUUAAAAGAUAAGUCUGAUAAUUCUGUACAUUUUUCUUGCUGUCAACAAAUCCCAUGAAGCCCAAAAGUAACAAAAUGUUAGUCUGUCUGGUGAUACUUUCUUGCUUCUCUACUCUGAUAGUGGCACUCAGCCCCAACCCUAUUUCUUUAUUACUGAAGAUGUAAAAAAAAAAAAAAAAAAAAAAAAAAA